GCGUAUGUUGCCGCUGUAGUAAUAUAGCUGUUUCCAUCAAAUUCACUGUGCCUGUAAAGCGGCUGAAAGGAGGGACUUUUGGGCUGUAUAAUCGAUUUCACGAAAUCUGGAUCCAAGAUAUGAAGCUAACAGGUGCAAAGUCACUGCGUUGACUGACCACGUGAAACCUGCUGUAGCAAUGGAAUCUACUGUGUAUCUACCUGUUUAUGACUACCUGUGCACGUUGCACUUCCUAGACCAUGCUAGCUUAAUGCUUGUGCUGGAUGCGAACAGUAGUCCGAUUUGUGAGGCCCACACCGUAAAGGCUUCCCACAUGGCAUUCCAGCGAUGGUUGUGCUCCAGAGUAUUGGAGAAAAACUCAGAAUUCACGCCGCCAACUGAAGGGGUCCGGGAUGCGUGCAAGUGGCAGGUCUACAUCUACGGCUGCUGUACACUACAUGACUCUGUAGGCGGCACCAUAAUUAUGCCAAGUGAGUUGCUCUGCAGAUGCCAUGUGUGAAUGGCUGCGAUCUCCUCCCAGCCUUCCCAAAUGAGGUUUGAACGUGUUUCAUUCAACCCGGCCUAGAGAAGUAAUCCCUCCCGACCCCGGGCUGCUUAGUCAGUGCUCAUACCAGUUCGGUUCGUAGGUCUUGUGAAAAAUGCACUGAUUAUCUGCAGCUCGCCUAUGGAGUACAGAAGACUCAACAAAGUCCGUGAAUCAUAAGGAAUGAGCCUCAUUCGACGGAAUGCGUAGCUUUCAGUCGAUUAACCAUUUGGGAGCCGUGAAAUUAACACAAUUGGAUCUACGAACAGAAAUGCCUCUCGAAUGGUCAAAAUCCACGAGGGCCCAGGACUGUCAUGUGACUCUGGGACUGCAAUCGUGCAAGAAUAGCUACUAACGAGGUCAGUCAACGAGCGCACGGUAGAGCAUGUGGGGAAUGAACCCCGACCUAUACAACUCACUCCUUUUCCCCCCCAACUCUGUACGAGGAUGUCGAGCGACAGGACCGGUGACGGCUGCUCGAGGGGAUCCAAGUCACAGUCAGACUGCUACGCCGGGCUCCUCUGCCCCCUCCCCUCCUCAGCCCUCACCACCGAAGAGUCUCAGGGACCGGAACGUCCAGUACGGGGCGCUCCAACGGGCACAACGCAGCCAACGCUCCCACCCAAUCGCCUGCUCCGAAUGUCGUCACAGGGUCGCCCGCCCAUCGCUCGGUGCGCAGCCGUCCGAUCGAUGGCGCGUCUGUCGGGGUCUUGUCGAGCGCUAGGUACAUGGAAGGCACCGAGUGACGUUUGCAUCUCCAGACCGACCGCAACAUUUGGAGUGUCUAUCCAGAUGUCAAAUCGGGCGGGGGGGUUGGGGGGCCGGAGGGGCCAGUCCAGACAUUCAGUCCACUAUCUUCUCUCUUCUGAUAGCGCAAUUCAAAUGCGCUGGUGCUACGGUUUGAGACGUUGAGCUCGAUUCGCUCUUGCCCUCUCGUUCUGGGCCAAUCGAACUCUCGUGCCCGCGGAGCCUGCGAUUCGUUGUGUGAUGGCCGAAGGGCCUUCGGAGAAUAGAUAGGCAGCGGUUUCUGUUGUGGCCAUUUCUGGCCUGCCGUUUGGACGUUUUUGUAGUUACAGUCUAAACCCGGACCUGGUUCGAACCCGACCUGGAUGGUUAAGAAGGAUACAGUCGGUAACUGCUACGUGGUCCGGUGAGUCCAGUUUUUACGACGUAGAGUUUUUACCAGAGCUCUCCCGACGUCACGAAGUCGGAUCUUAUUCUCGGUCUUACGAGGUGGAUUCUGAACGCGUCGCAUGGACCCGACCCGUGGUUUUGUGCAUAGUCACUGGGGUGCUCCUGUUCUGGACAGGGACAGCAGAUGCAGCUUCGGGUGAGGGACCUGCUCCGUGCAUCCGUCCCUCGCCAGAAGGACCCGAUUCAUUCGCUGGUUCGUUCGGUCGUGGAAGGGUCUCCGAAAGGGACCGACCUUCUUUCCACGGGGACCAGCCCUCGGGUUCCAUCGUGAACAACCGCCGACACCGUCUCCCUC